UCGGCGUUUUUGCUUGUCAUCCAAUAAAAGUUUCUAAAAGCGCUCGAAAAACUCACAGAAAAUCUAUCAUGGCUUUAGUCGAUUUGUGCCGUCUAGACGAGAAAAUAAAUUUGAAACCUGUGGACUCACUCGCAUCUUUCCAGAAUGACGUGAUUGGAUACAGCCAGAACUUCGUAAAUAGUGCACAACUUGCUGUGCCUCCUUUCACAAACCCCGUAGAGACUCUAGCUCAAUUUAACACAAAAGAUGAGACUGGCAAGAGUAUCAAAAUCGAAUUCGAUCACGGAACCACUACUCUUGGCUUUCGCUACCAGGGAGGAGUAUUACUGGCUGUGGACUCGCGAGCAACUGGUGGCCAAUUUAUUGGUUCACAAACAAUGAAGAAAAUUGUUGAAAUUAAUGACUAUUUAUUAGGUACUCUGGCUGGUGGUGCUGCUGAUUGUGUCUACUGGGAUAGAGUACUGGCCAAACAAUGCCGUCUGUAUGAACUGCGCAACAGGGAACGCAUUUCAGUUGCAGCUGCUAGUAAACUUAUGGCUAAUAUGGUGUAUAAUUAUAAGGGAAUGGGUCUUAGUAUGGGCAUGAUGCUAGCAGGUUAUGAUAAGAGAGGAGCACAGCUGUACUAUGUAGACAGUGAAGGUACUCGUACACCGGGUAAGGUGUUCUCUGUGGGCUCUGGUUCAGUGUAUGCCUUUGGUGUCCUGGACUCUGGUUACAAGUGGGAGCUCACUGAUCUGGAAGCUCAAGAGCUGGGCCGGCGCGCCAUCUACCACGCCACGCAUCGUGACGCGUAUUCUGGUGGUAUUAUUAGAGUGUACCACAUGAGCGACAAGGGAUGGGUCAACAUCUCCAACGAGGACUGCAGUGAACUACACUACAAAUAUCAGGCAGAGAAGGGUGUAAAGGAUGAAUAGGUUUUUUUUUAAAUAAAUACAUGCAAUUG